AUGGCGAACGAUAUGUUGAUCAAUGGCGAUGAUGACUCGCUUCUUCAUGUUCCUACUAGCAUGAUUUGGGUCUGCGGUCGAUGGACCCUGAUAUUUCAUACCGACAUGGAGUCCCAUGAUCCUGCGGAAGUUCGGUCUAGCUUCCUCAAUGUGUUGCAUUUGCUUGAUUUUACCAUAUUCUACCCGAACUGCCACAACUUUCCAUUCUUCACACUGGAACAGGAUGGGACUUUCCAGCCACUCGUUGCGGACUUCCAAUACGUUGCGCCUAACCACCUCUUGGUUAUAGUUCCAGGACGCCAGCAUGACUGGCUUAUCGAAAUUCCAGAAUCUCCUCUACGCCCCGUCACCUCCUUAUCCCUGUCUAUGUUCAACGCCUCGGUUCCCGAUGACAACAACACAUCCGUGGGCUUGAGCAACGUACUUGAUCCUCUACUCCUUGAGGGUACUCAUGGUCAGCAUGCUCUGCCUGAGGCUGACGUCUCUGAUGCCUCCUUGGUUUGCUUCAAGACCUGGGGAGCGGUUCAAGACGCUCUGGGAGACGAUGAUUCUAUGAUAGAGCAUGACAAGCUUGGUCUAGACUCUUAUUGGCCAACUGAUAGUCUCAUGGGUCAGCAAUCCAUCGAACUCCCUGAGUGUCCACCCUCGACACCAGUUCGACUCGGUUCUCCCGAGACCGUUUAUUCAGAAUCACCUCCCAGCGAUGUUUCUCUGGAGCAAUGUAUAGAAAAGCUCAGACAGGCACGUACGUGGCCUUCUAUCGGCUCAUGGGGCCGCGGUGGUCGCCGCCUCAGGCCCAGCUGUGUGUCCAAGAAGUGCAUCAUGCCCCGCCCGCCAGCCAGGGGCCGUUUCGAAGUCUCCCGGGAGGAUCGAUUCCUGGUCCCCUUUGACAGGGACCUUCGUGAUGAGUUGCUCAUCCGUGGCCGUGCAAUGGGCUUCUCCUACUCCGAGAUCAAGGAGAGCGCUUGUAUGCCCGACGCCCUGACGACACUGCGUGGCCGGUAUAACUUUCUCCUGCGCAAGAUGGCACAAGAGGAGCUGAAGAAGAAGAAGAAGAGAGAGAAUAAGAAGGAUUUUGAUGGCAAGAACAAAGAGUGA